AUGCCGCGACCAAGCAGAGACAGUUAUGGUGAUCAAAAACCUCCUUAUUCGUAUAUUUCAUUGACUGCGAUGGCUAUAUGGAAUAGUCCAGAAAAAAUGCUGCCUUUGUCGGAAAUCUACAAAUUUAUUACUGAUAGGUUUCCUUAUUAUAGAAAAAACACUCAAAGAUGGCAAAACUCUUUGCGACACAACUUAUCCUUUAAUGAUUGUUUCAUAAAAAUCCCUCGUCAGCCUGAUAGGCCUGGAAAAGGUGCAUAUUGGGCCUUACAUCCAGCAGCAUUCGACAUGUUUGUCAACGGAAGCCUUCUACGCAGAAGAAAGCGCUUCAAACUACUAAAAAGCGACAAAGAAAUACUCGAAAAUGAACUAGCAGCUUUAACAAACAUCAACAGAAUCUUCUUUACACCUCCUGCAAACCCUAAUGACGUAAUCAAUCCAGCAGCAUCUUUAGUACCACCAACAUCCUCAACCCAAACACCAGUAAUAGAACCACCAACAACAAAAUCGCCUCAAGAACAAACAACUUUGAUCCGACCUAAACGAUCUUUUACAAUAGAAUCAUUAAUAUCUCCAGAUAAACCAUCAGUACCAACGAUAGCACCAGUAGCUCACCAUUUAAUACCGCAUGUGCACCCUUGGAUGCUGACUUCGUGCUACGAUUUGAGUGCAUAUGCUGGACCGAUGCUAAUGCAAAACGGGCCGUCGCACGGGUUCGAUUACGGGCUUGGGAGCAAUGAGGAGUUGUUCAGAGUGUCCCAAUUAUAG